AUGGCACAAAUCCAAUCAAAUCUACUAUCCAGCCGUAAGAAAACGAAAGGGACGAGAUCUAGGACGGGUUGUCGAACUUGCCGCAUCCGACGUAUCAAGUGCGAUGAAUCCCCAGGGCAAUGCAAUAAUUGUAUUUCUGCCAAUUGGAAAUGCGAUGGGUAUGAUACACACCGGUUGCCACGAAGAACCGACUCGGGGCUGCGCGAUAUGGGCACCCGCACAGGCUGGUCGAUGACCGCGGACGAACAUCGAUGCUUUUCUUACUUUCAGUUUCACUCUAUUGCGAACCUGACCGGUUUUUUCGACUCGAAACUCUGGCAGCAGCUGGUCCUGCAGAUGUCGCAUGCCGACCCGGCUGUGUUUCAUGCAGUCACCAUGUUAAGCGCUGCGCACCAAGAAUCUGAGGCGCAUGGAAUGCAGAUAUCCGAAGGAACGCACCAUCGAAGUCGAGGGUAUUAUUUCUCGCUCCAGGAAUCCACGCGGGCCGUAGCGCUCCUCAACAGACGCCGUACCUCACAGGAUCCCCAGCUGCGCCAAACAAUCCUCGUAUGCUGUCUGCUCUUUGUCCUAUCCGAGGUGCUCUUGGGGCAUUGGGACCUCGCAUUUACGCAUCUUCGCAGCGGUCUGUAUAUCCUGAGGGAACUUGAGGCUCACAAGCAACUUGAGUCGGAGAUUGAACCCUCCCUAGUGGUGGUGUUCCGGCGCUUGGAUAUGCAGUCUUCGCUGUAUGGAGCCGGGGGUCCAAUCUUGUCCCUAAAAUAUGACUCGUCCCGGCAACUGUUUCGGCCUUCCUUCGAGGGAUUCACGAGCUUUGAGCAGAUACGCAAUGAACUGGCCAACUUGGUGGAGUAUGGAGUACCCCUCUUCGCCGGGAUCCGGUGCCUCUCCAGCCUUGACGCAGAGGCCGCAAGUGAGUCACUAUAUUUGGAGCAGGGACGACUACUUGGGAGCUUUGCUCAGUUUGCCGAGCACUUGAAACUCUUCUGCGAGCGGCACUAUCACAAGUUAAGCGAGAAGGAUCGCAAGGGGCUCGACAUAAUCGAAUUGGUUUACUGUGGUCAUAUCCUGGCUCUGAAAAUACUGUUUCUUGACGGCCCCGUGCCGAAGCAUUUCAUUCCGGAUUUCCUUGUCGUGCUCCAGGCCCAUGAGAGAAAGAUCGACGAACUCCGUCGGCGUUCAGGCUUGGUAAUGCAUCAUGUUAUCAUCGCCAACGUGUACCUGGUAGCCACGCGGUGCCCGGAUCCCUGGAUCCGUUUGCGGGCGAUCUAUCUCCUGCGAUCUUGGCCGCAUUUCGAGGGGCUUCACAGUUCCAUCGUGGCGGCACUGAUGGCAUUUCAGGCGUUCAAGAGGGACUUUCCAGAUUACGAGACAGCAAAUUCGAUGGUCCGGAUGACUAAGAAAGACGAACAGUUCAUGUUCGAGUCCAUCAAGUCCAUGAAGAAAGGCGCCAUCCAGUCUGUUGUUCCGAUUGUGAAGAUGGCCGGACGUUUAUAUGGGUGUAAAUGA